AUGGGACCAAAAGUGGUCGCCGCUGCUCCCUCUUCCCAUCCCGACCUUCCUCCGCCGCCAACAACCAGCCCAGUCAUCGGGAAGUUCAAAAAUCAUGCCGAAAACCACUCGGUUUUUCUCAAGCUCGUUCUCCCUCCUCCGGCCACCAAAUCUGACGAGUGUGGUAUGUUGAAGAAAGUGUUCCACUCGUCGAGUAGUAGUAGCUGUAGGUGGAAAUGUGGCCCUCGGUUUGGAGAUUUUCAAGCCACCGGUAUCGCUUAG